CCGCCCAGGCUGCUGGCUUCCUGCUGCUAAGUCUCCACUCUAGCUGUACAAGCUGCUGCACCGCCACACAACAUACUCCUAAGUUGAAGAACCGGGAAACAACGACAUUUCUGGUGGAGUGGUGUUGAGGAGCUCAUCAUGGUGAACAUCCCAGAAUACUAUACAGGGAAAACGGUGCUGAUCACUGGAGCAACAGGCUUCAUGGGCAAGGUGCUGCUGGAGAAGCUGCUGAGGUCCUGUCCAGGAGUCAAAAGUGUUUAUGUGAUGGUCAGGUCGAAAGCUGGUCACAGCCCCCAGGCCCGCAUUGCUGACGUGAUCAACUGUAAGUUGUUUGAGAGAUUGCAAGACGAACAACCAGGCUUUGCAGAGAAGAUCAUAGCAGUGAACAGUGAUCUUACACAGCCAGAGCUGGAUCUGAGUAAAGAGGAUCAGAGCAUCCUGGCUGACAACAUUAACAUUGUUUUCCACUGUGCCGCCACCAUCCGCUUUAAUGAGCCACUCAAAGAUGCAAUGCAGCUGAAUGUCCUGGCCACCCAGAAGAUGUUGGCACUGGCCCACAGGAUGAAGCACCUGGAGGUCUUCCUUCACGUUUCCACAGCCUAUGCCAACUGUGAUCGAGAGCUCAUUGAGGAAAUUGUAUACCCUCCCCCCGUAGACUACCGCAGACUCAUCGAUUCGCUGGACUGGAUGGAUGAGGAGCUGGUGACUGCUCUGACACCCAAGCUGAUCGGGAAGCGUCCCAACACCUACACCUACACCAAAGCCUUGGCUGAGUAUAUGGUGCAGCAGGAGGCUGGAGAUCUCAACGUAGCCAUUGUCAGGCCCUCCAUAGUAGGAGCCAGCUGGAAAGAGCCCUUCCCAGGUUGGAUUGACAACUACAAUGGACCUAGUGGAAUAUUCAUUGCAGCUGGUAAGGGGAUCCUGCGUACAAUGAGAGCGUCGAAUGAUGCGGUGGCUGACCUGGUGCCUGUGGAUGUGGUCAUCAAUGCCACGCUGGCUGCAGCUUGGUACUCUGGAUCACAGGCACUCAACAGGUCCAAAAACAUCCUUGUUUACAACUGCACAACCGGUGGGAUCAACCCAUUUCACUGGGGGGAAGUUGAGUACCAUGUAAUAUCCACGUUCAAGAGGAACCCCCUUGAGCAGGCCUUUCGUCGGCCCAAUGUUAAUCUCACAUCCAAUCACCUAAUCAAUCAGUACUGGAUCGCCGUGAGCCACAAGGCUCCGGCCUUCCUCUAUGAUCUGUACCUCAGGCUGAUUGGACGAGAGCCCAGGAUGAUGAAGACAAUCACACGCCUCCACAAAGCCAUGAUGGUCCUGGAGUAUUUCACCAGUCACUCCUGGGUGUGGAACAAUGACAACGUAGGCAUGCUGAUUGCCCAGAUGAGCCCCGAGGAUAAGAAGGUGUUUAAUUUUGAUGUGCGUCAGCUGCACUGGGCGGAGUACAUGGAAAGCUACUGUAUGGGCACCAAGAAAUACGUCCUCAAUGAAGAGCUGUCGGGCCUGCCUGCUGCACGCAAACACCUCAACAAGCUGAGGAACAUCCGCUAUACCUUCAACACCAUCCUGGUGGUGUUCAUCUGGCGUGUCUUCAUCGCCCGAUCCCUGAUGGCCAGAAACAUCUGGUACUUUGUGGUGAGCCUCUGCUUCAAAUUCCUCUCCUAUUUCAGAGCUUCCUCCACCAUGAGAUAAUAAGCCUUGGACAGGGUGGCGGGUGGGGAGGCAAAGGGGCGACGAAAUGAAGAAACCCUGGCUGUGGACGUUUAGAGGUUCCUGAGCUCAAAGCCCUUAAAAUGUUACUAUGCUGUCUGUCUCUGGCCCCGUGUUUCCCCUGACACUCAAGGAUUUAAUGGAACCGUUAAACCCAUGAACACAGACAGAGCUACUGGACAAGCCUGGAGAGUCCACAGCAGCAUAAAUGUUGCAUAUCUCGGAUCCAUCUAACCUGAUCUCUAGCAUUUCACAAAACCGACGGCAUGGAUUCAUCUCACAAUGAACAAUGCUUAGACUUACAGCACUUGGACUCGUUAAAGAAGCAGGGCCCCACACCCUUAUGUUCCAGGGCGCCCAAACCUGCUCCAUCUCGUCUGUCUGCUUGCCUGACUGCCUGCCUGCAAAACAAAGCUAUGUAUUGGAUGAUGCUCUGCAGCACAAAUCUUUAGCUGGUUUUGAGUCAGUCCAGACUUCCUCUUAUGUGAUCUUUCAUUGAAGAAUGACUACUCAACUGCUAUGUAAGUUAUUUUUCACCUGAAAACAUAACUCAACACUCUUUUGUUUUCCUUGUUUUUUUCCUCCCUUGAGGUUUGUGUGGUUCUUGUCAGUUUUCUGCUACUAAAGGCCUAUCGAAAUGUUUUAAAAGCCUGUUACACAAUGUAUUAUACACAGGAUUAGGGUUUUCAUAUGACAGCAGUUUUACAGCAGAUACUCCAGCCUGAGCCGGUUUUGCACAUUUAGUUGGCAGCAGUUGAAGAAUGAUUCUCUCAGUUGAGUCUUGUUCAGGGACAGGCUAGCCUAGAUAUCAUGUUCAAACUGUCUUCCCUUCAAACCCCACCCCCAGACCAAAGCCAUUUCAACCAGUUAGACAGUUGCACUGGCAGCUGGGUAUAAAGAGAAAGUUGACAUUGCAGGGGCUCAGGGGAGCUCACUCGUACUGACCUGUGCCACACCAAGAGUUGACAUUGGCGGUCUUUUACUUUUCCUGCUUGAACACUCAACAGCAAAGCACUCCUGUAUGUCCCCAGUAAACUGCACUGGCUAGUUUCCUAAUUACGACCAAGCACAAUGUAGAUUGUAACAAGAUGGCUUUAUCCAGUGCCUACAAACUGAUUGUUCUUGCAUCAGUAGAUCUUGCAAAUCAAGCUUCUUCUACAGGUUACUUUUUUUUUUUUUUUGUCAUGUCAUUUGUCAUUUGGUCUCGAGCUGUUUUUGCCAAAAACCUCUUGGCUAACAGCCUCAUAGCUCAGUAGAGGAUACAGGUGGAGUUGAGAGGAGAAAUGGUGUCACCUUUUUGGUUUCUUUUUCUCCAUUAUGCUUGCGCAUUUAAACUUUUAGUACUGGUUGACAUUAAUUUAGUUGAUAUACAAUGUCAUGACUUUUAUUCAUUGGUCUGCUAGUACACUACUUUUCAGGUAGCUCCAACUGUAGCCCACCAUCUUUUUGAAUGGUUUGUUACUUUAGUAUUUUCCUCUUUAGUAAUUAUUAUGGGUCAUUUGUUUUUCAUGUUACUUUUACCAUCUUAGUUGCUUCUGUAAAUAUAUGUAGGAUUUGUCAUGUGCUCAUGCUGUUUACAACCGGUGGCUGUUAAACUCUUGGACCAUUCUGUUGCCUUCAUCAUUCUGUCUUGUUGCAUAACAAAUGUGUCUUUUAUACAAGAAAUGUUGGCUUGUUACAGAAUUGACAACAUGAGCUAAGACUACCUU